CCUGCCAGCCAACAAGCCGGGCAGCCAGCGUGCCUGUCAGCCAGACAGCCAACCAACCAUCCAUCGGGGGAGCCAGCAAGCCUGCCUGUCAGCCAGCCUGCCUGUCGACCAGACAGCCAGCCAGCCAUCCAUCAGACUACCAGGCAACCAGCCACUGACAGCCAGGGAGCCAGCCUGUCUGUCAGCCAGCCAGCCAGCCAUCAGCCUGCCAGGCAACCAUUUAAUCAACCAACCAGCCAUCCAACGAGCCAGCCAGCAAGCCUGCCUGUCAGCCAGCCUGCCUGUCAACCAGCCAGCCAUCAGCCUGCCAGCCAACCAUUUUACCAGCCAACCAACAAGCCGGGCAGCCAGCCUGUCUGUCAGCCAUCCAGCCAGCCAUCAGCCUACCAGCCGACCAGAUAGCCAACAAGCCGGGCAGCCAGCCUGCCUGUCAGCCAGCCAGCCGUUAAACGAACAAACAAAUUAACUAACCAACCAAAAAGUAUCCCGUUUCACAUGCUCAAAA